UGCAUUUUCCAGGCCAGUUUCCAGAAGAUAUUUAAAUCCUUUAAAGUAUUUUGUAAGAACUUUUACACUGAAUUCUUUUAUCAAGAGAAGUCCUCUAAAGUCCCCUAAUCAUAUUACGUAUUUUGUGACACUUUUAACAUUGUUCAUUUUUGUUUCGUCGUAUUAAAACUGCAUAUACGCAGUUAUCUUAUCUUUGUUAAUCAUUACAAAGUUUCAGUUUCUCGACAGAGCAUUCCGUCUCACAUACGAUCGUUUUACAGAAUAGAGUAUUAGGUUGCAAUCGUGUUGUUACUUGAUCCACAGGUUUACGACCUAAACUAAGUUUGGUGGUAGGUUUUUUUUUUUUUUUUUUUUUUGCCCAGCUCUUCGUUACGCAAGAUAUAGCAACUUCCAAGGUUUCCGUAGUCCAACUUCGCGCUUUUGGGAGUUGAGCAGGAGUGCCAAGCUGAAACACAGAUACUGAAUUUAUUCUCUGUCAAGAAGGUAGGACGCUGCUGUCUUUAAAAUUGGAAGCCAUAUACUUUUACUGAAGCUUUUGCAGAAGCUCCUUGGUUGUCUGAAGAACUCGGUGUCCAUUUACUUUUUGGUCGAAACGGUCUUUGGUAGACAUGGCAGAAGUCGUGCACAUGAUUGACAACGAGGUCUUCCUGGCUUUCUCCACCUAUGCCACCAUCGUCAUCCUCAAAAUGAUGCUUAUGUCCCCCAUGACGUCAUACUUACGUUUGACGAAAAAGGUUUUCGCAAACUUGGAGGACACCACUUUGGUCACUUCCACAGAGGACAAAAAGAAGAUGGUCAGGGUAGAUCCUGAUGUGGAGCGGGUACGAAGGUGCCAUCAGAAUGACCUAGAGAACAUCAUUCCCUUUGUGCUGAUUGGACUACUCUAUACUCUGACAGGGCCAGAUCUCUCCAUAGCACUGCUGCACUUCCGUGCAUUUGUAUGCUCUCGUCUGUUCCACACAGUGUCCUAUGUACUGGCCCUGCCCCAGCCCAGCAGAGCUCUGUCUUGGAUGGUGGGAAUGGCAGUCACCAUCUCCAUGGCUUACAGGGUCCUCACCACUGCAGUGUAUCUGUGAAGGAUGCAGUGCAUAGUUUGGUAAAGCUUUCAUGAGCAGUUAUGCCUGCAGACAUGACUGCUUGUGAUAUCUUGGUGUUUACAGAUGUGCUGAAUACCCUUGAGGCCAAUAGGCAGGAAUAAGACUGUUCAUACAUUUUACAGUCAAGAAUCAGAUACAAAACUGCCAUGAUAUUUUUAAAAUCACUCCAGUUGCUUUUUCUCUGUCUUUUUUGUUUUUUGUAAAUCUUGGCAACAUGUCCUAAUUCCACUCAUUGCUGGUUGGUGUGAUUUGGCUUUAUGACUUGUGUCUGGUCAUUUUAGAAGGAUGAUGUCAAACAUUAAGUAAAUUUUGUAAUGAAACAGAUUACUGACAAGUAAUGCAAAUAAAUGCUAUUUGAUUGAGCAAAGUUGAAUA